AGAUCGAGAGCAUCAGUUAUAGAUGUUCGUUGGUCCGGUGUGCAGCUUAUAAACCCGGAUCUAUUUAUUGAUAAUCAAUAUGAGAUUCUUUACAGUCAUCACCGUCCUUGUGCUUGGUGUCCUGUCUCUAGCCAAAGCUGUUCCGCUGUCACCCGAUCCAGGAAAUGUUAUCAUCAAUGGCGAUUGUGUACACUGCAAUGUUCGCGGUGGCAAAUAGAGAAUUGUAAUUAAAUAAACCCUAGAAUGUAAAAUGCCUUAUUCCAGUUGUAAUAAAAUAGCAAAGAAUUCAUCGA